CCCAGCCACCACCUAACGAGGCUAACCUCCGCUGCCAUUCACCCACUUUCAAGCGACUCUUCCAUUUUUUUAUUUCUUUACUUUUGUUGUUAUUAUUGUUAUUAUUAUUAUUAUUUACUUUUCUUAAGUUUCAACUCCAAGAGAGAUGGAACCACACGGCGUUGAAAGCCCCAGAUUUCCGGAGAUGGAGCCGCACGUGACGGAGGAGGAGCGUUCAACUUCUGCGCUGUGGGACUGGAGCGAUCUCCUCGACUUCACCACGGACGAUCGCUUUGAUCUUCCUAUAGUCUCCGACCAAAUUGAGUUAAAUCCUGAAACGGAGCCUCAACCGGAGCCGCCGGUUGUGUCUUUGAACAAGGUGAGGAAACGGGACCCGAGGUUGAUUUGUUCUAAUUUUUUAGCGGGUCGGAUCCCUUGUGCGUGUCCGGAGGUUGACGCGAUGCUUGCCGAGGAGGAAGCGACUCUGCCUGGGAAGAAGCGUGUGCGGACGGUGCGGACCGGGUCGGGCCAGGCAAGGUGUCAAGUGCCCGGUUGUGAGGUGGAUAUUAGUGAGCUUAAAGGUUAUCAUAAAAGGCAUAGGGUUUGUCUUCGGUGCGCAAAUGCGAGUGCCGUUUUGCUUGAUGGUGAAAGCAAGAGAUAUUGUCAACAGUGUGGCAAGUUUCAUGUAUUAUCAGAUUUUGAUGAAGGUAAAAGAAGUUGCAGGAGAAAAUUAGAGCGACACAACAAUAGACGACGAAGAAAAUCUGUUGACUCUAAAGGUGCUAUGGACAAUGAACCUCUAGGGGCCACGCAGAGUGAAGAUCUUGGUUGUGAGAGUGAAUUAGGAAAAGAUAGUUUAUGCUUGAGCAGCCAGAUAACUGAUCAAGAACCAUUUUUUGAGUCUGAAGAUGGCCAUGUUUCCACUCUUCACUCAGCACCUAAUUCCCAGAAUGUUAACAGUGAUAGUGGAGUGUCUUUUGCUGCUUCUGGUGAAAUCCAAACUGAUGGAGGAAAAGAUGACUCCAAAGGGCAUUCGCCUUCCUAUUGUGAGAAUAAGAGUGCUAAUUCGUCCUUGUGUCCAACAGGUCGAAUCUCAUUCAAGCUAUAUGAUUGGAAUCCAGCGGAAUUUCCUAGAAGACUACGGCACCAAAUAUUCCAAUGGUUGGCCAGCAUGCCAGUUGAGUUGGAGGGGUAUAUUCGCCCUGGAUGUACAAUCUUGACUGUAUUUAUUGCCAUGCCCAAGAUUAUGUGGUUGAAGUUAUAUGAAGAUCCUAUAACAUAUCUGCAUGACUUUGUUGUUACACCUGGAAGGAUGUUAUCUGGAAGAGGCUCUAUAUUUGUUCAUCUGAACAACAUGAUUUUCCAUGUUAAAGAUGGAACUUCUGUGGUGAAAGUCAAUGUAGAGGUGAAGGCCCCAAGGCUUCACUAUGUCCAUCCUACAUGUUUUGAGGCUGGCAAGCCCAUGGAGUUUGUUGCUUGUGGAAGUAAUUUGCUUCAACACAAACUUCGGUUUUUAAUAUCUUUUGCUGGAAAGUAUCUGCCUUAUGAUUGUUGUGUUGCAUCUUCGCAUGGUCAAAGUGAAGGGAAUCCUCUUGCUUUUGACCACCAGUUGUACAAGAUAUAUGUACCGCACACUGAACCAGAUCAUUUUGGUCCUGCAUUUAUUGAGGUUGAGAAUGAGUCUGGCUUAUCGAACUUCAUACCUGUACUCAUUGGGGACAAAGAAAUUUGUUGUGAAAUGAGGAUAAUACAAGACAGAUUUGAAGCUUCUCACUUUCCUGAGAGAGCUCCAUCUGUGUCUAAUGGUUCUCUUUUUGAUUUGUGUGAGGUUUCUACAUUGAGACAAACAGCUUUUACAGAACUUGUUUUAGACAUAGCAUGGUUAUUGAAGGUACCGGCAUCAGAAAGCUUUCAGCAGUUUAUGUCCUCUUCACAAGUUCAGAGAUUUAAUUCUUUGUUUAACUUCCUGUUAAACUAUGAGUCAACCGCCAUUAUGGAGAAAAUGUUGCAAAAUUUGAAGAUUUUGAUGGAUAACACGGGGUUAAACAGAGGGAUCAAGGUCACCAUGGACUCUGAUAUCGGGCUAUUGCUUGGGUAUAUGGAUCAUGUGAGAGAUAUUCUUGAUCAAAAACUUCAGAAAAAUGGAGAAAUAAUUCCUCAGUCUGGAAACAUUGUAACAGAAAAGAGUCAUUGUUCUCAAAGCUGCUCCACGACCACAAGCAAUGUGCUUGUUUCCAUUACCAAUCAGGAUUUGGAGACCACACUGAAGGGUAAGGUUGGAGCAAUGGUGGCUUCAAAUGCUACUGAUACUGGUGAAAUUGUUCCACUUUUGAGCAGUGAGGUUGUCAUGAAUGUGAACCUUGUCAAAGAAUGGCCAAGGAAAUCGUGUGGUCACAUUUUCACUGGCAGCGUCUUGAGUUCUCAUCCGACUAUAUUUGUGAUUGCUGUUACCGCUGUUUGUUUUGGGAUAUGUGUUGUUCUCCUCCACCCUCACAAGGUUAGUGAUUUUGCAGUAUCUAUACGCCGUUCUUUGUUUGGCAGUGUGUAGACAUUGAAAGAGGUGAGUGAAUCAAACAAGUUCUGUCGCCUGUUUAUCUGCUUAUAGCACUUAUUUAAUGUACAUUAUAUUGGAUCAAAUCAAGCUGCCUGACGCACAAUUGAAUUGGUAUUGAGUAUGCUGAUUGGGUUGGGGCUUCAUUUUAGAGAUAAGAGUUCUCCAUACCGAUUCGGUUGAAGUGCUUUGUUGGCUGUACUCAGCAUUAGGGUGUAACAUAACUCACUGUAUUUCUUGAUAUUCAUCAAGAUGAACACUGAUUUUUCCAGUUGUCGGAAGCUCUUUGUUGGCGAAUUUGACUCCUUAGCCUAUAAAUAUGUUGUAACAGUUGUAAUAGCUUUUGAUUUCACCUGAGUCUAAUGUCUGCGAUUAGAGGCAUAUUCA